AAAAAGAAAGAGACAACCUUUAACCAUAAAAAAGAAAAGAAAAAAAAGAAAAGAGAACAAGUGUUGCUGGCUCUAGCGGAUCCCGCCCCAGUCUAUUUCUUCUUCCUCUAUCCCAAGCUCCCAACUUCCUAUCUCUGUUUGCGAAAAUGGCAGUCUCUUUUCACCCGACCACUUCUACUCCAAGCUUUCAGCCCCAAGCUAGACUCGCUCCUCCUCUCAGUUGUGCAACAAAACAUUAUUCAGGGUUAAAGCUUCAAUCUUUAGGAAAUUUUGGAGCUAAAAACCCCAACUUGACGGUUGAGCUCUACGGCAAAGUUAAUAAGAGCCUUCAAUCCAGGACACGUAACCAAAGACCAUCACGAGCGCGAAUUGGAAUGAUGCCUAUAGGGACACCAAAGGUGCCCUAUAGAACUCCUGGUGAGGGAACUUGGCAAUGGGUUGAUUUGUGGAAUGCUCUAUACCGAGAACGUGUUAUCUUCAUUGGGCAGAAUAUAGAUGAAGAGUUUAGCAAUCAGAUUUUGGCAACAAUGCUGUACCUUGACACUAUUGAUUCUUCCAAAAGGCUUUAUAUGUAUAUCAAUGGUCCUGGUGGAGAUCUUACUCCGAGCAUGGCUAUCUAUGAUACUAUGCAGAGCUUAAAGAGUCCCGUUGGCACCCAUUGUGUGGGCUAUGCCUAUAAUUUAGCAGCCUUUCUUCUUGCAGCUGGAGAAAAGGGCAAUCGAUUUGCAAUGCCACUAUCAAGGAUUGCGCUACAAUCUCCUGCCGGGGCUGCUCGUGGUCAGGCUGAUGACAUACAAAAUGAAGCAAAUGAACUUCUCAGAAUCAAAGAUUACCUUUAUAACGAGUUGGCUAAGAACACUGGCCAGCCAGUUGAAAAGAUUAACAAAGACUUAGGUCGGAUGAAGCGGUUUAAUGCACAGGAGGCUCUUGAGUAUGGGCUCAUUGAUCGUGUAGUUAGGCCACCUCGUAUUAAGGCUGACGCACCUCCCAAGGAUGCGGGAACAGGUCUUGGUUAGUGUAACUGUUGCUUGUCUGGCAAAUUGGAUGAUGGUAGCUAUUAGUGUUCAAAAUGUUUCUGAAGUUCAUUUUUAUGUUCAUGUAGUAUUCUACUUAGCCAUAAUUGUUGCAUAGAAUUUUUGCCCCUUUGAUCUUUCGAAGGAAGAAAACACAUGAAGUCUUUUGGAAAUAACUAUUUGCUAAAAAAAAGUGUUAUCAUUUUUACUCA